UCGUUCAGUCGGGGAGGUCGCAGAUCCAACACACUUCUGUGGCCGCCCCCCUUCUCCAAUGCUUCACUCUGUCAAAGAAGAGUGCAUAGAUGGCGACUCUUCGGGAAGAGAGGGGCCACCUCCCAGUCCUAGCGCCAACUCCCCUGCGCUGCGCGAUGAACAGUCCGAAGUAAUGGAUGAGACCCCUGAUGGUGCAGCCGUCCCUGAGUCUCAGCCUCUGUCCUUCCCCUCUUCUUUGGAACCUACUACGCCCAUCAGAGAAGACCCUCAUCCAAACGGAAUUCCCAGUCCCCCACCUCACACUCGGCCUUCCGGACCUUCUCUUGCAUACAUUUCCACUUAUCCACCUUCUCCAUCACCUCUGCCUCACCUGCAAUCCCAACAGAUGCCAGAAUAUCCUCCAGCACCCACAGUGCAGCUUGUUGAGAGUGAAGGAUCCGAUCGGGGCCGCAGUCCGACUCCAAUCCAAAAUCUGACAUUCCCAGAAUGGUGUCGUGUUUCUUCCCCUCUGGUGUCCCCGCCGCCUACUCCACCCCCUGCGUCCCAGGAAUUUCAUUGGCCAGAAACCACGUCCGAACACCUCACAUGGGGUGACGACUGGGUUCAGCAAGACAGCCAAUAUGCCGUCGGAGUGCAGGUGGCCCCUCAGCCUUUCAGAUCGCGAACUCCAAUUGAUUGUUCGGACUCACAAGCCGUUGACUAUGGUUAUUACGGAUCGGAUAACGAUGUUGAGCCUGUUCUGGGCGUUGAGCUGGUUCCGAUGGCAGAUGAUCAUGCUCAUAAUCCUGUUGUUCUAGUGGAAGGACUGCGCUCUCAGUCCAUGAGCAGCCAGGAUGAAUCCAGCUCUGCAGACAAUCCAGAGAAUGACGAACCUGUAUUCACUCCCCCAUCACGUCCUCUGUCUGAAUACAGCGUUGAUGAUCCAUCAGGAGGCACGCAAUUUACGCCGGACUCCAUUCCCGAUUCUCUUUCCUUCAAAUCGGAAUUUUCCGCCUCAGAUGCACGAAAGAAAGCCUUGGAGAAAUACAGAGAAGCUUGCAGAGAGCUUGGGCACUUGCUGGAACGAAUGAGGCGAAGAGAUAUCGUGUAUCCGGAGGAUGACUUGGAGCACCUCAGUAACCAGCAUGAGACAGACUCAAAUCAUUUUAGCCCUGUCAGCGACGAAAAUUCGGCUCCAGAAUCGCCUCGUCCCCUUUCAGACGAACUUGCUGAGAGCCUAUGCUCCUCCGCACGGACGAUGUCGACUUCAAGAGCCCUGGAAAUUCGCGAAGUUGUUCGUGCAACUUUGGGUCACCGCGAUCCAGAUCCCUUACCCCCAUCCUCUACCUGAAUGGUCUCCCGGCCAAUAUCACCUAUGCCCCGCUGCUCCACCGGACACUUUUCAUCUCCGUUUCUCUGUACCAUUAUAACUGUUUAUUCAGUUCUUGGUGUUUACACUAGAUCAAAAGCACGCGACUCCAAUAUGCGCUCGGGUCAUGAAAACGUGCUAACCAUGACUAGCCAUGUUCGGGCAUGGCCUUCAUUCUGGUUAAUGUAUUUAAUGCAGACACCUGAAAUUAGUGGAAUAAAAUGCGUAGACGACCGUGUAAGUUUCGCACGGCCAUGCGCACUCAUCCCGG